AUGGAAACCUCUCCCAUCAGCUUUGAUCCCGAAGAUCUCAGUAUCGGACAGCGUUUCCGUCGAUACGGAAAAAAGCACUCUCCUUCAAGUUUAGCCACUCGCCCAGCAAAAUCAGCAACUAGGUUAUCAGAGAUUAGGUCAAAUUCGGCUGUUUUAAUGGAAAGUAUCAGACACGAAGUUGAAAGCAUUGAUAAUGACAGAACAACACCUCUUAAAAUGCAACGUGAUCCAAAAUGGAGAUCAUCCCCUUAGAGUCAUGGAGUUUUUAGGGUUGAUGUCUCUAGCCAAAGUGGAAACCUAUCCAUUACAACAUUGGGUUCAACUCGUUGGGUCGACUUGAACCCAAUGAUAAUGGGUCAUGAACAUGCAUUUCCCUACCCGAACCCAAACCCAAACUUAUCCAAUCCCAAAGUAACCCACACCAGAAGGAAUCGAACCCAAAUCAGACCUCACCAACUUGUUUGCCAGCUCUACCUUCUAGUAGUACAAAAUGUACCUUUAGAUUCUAUUAUGCAAUUAAUUGUUUUAUGUUUU